AUGUCAUCAUCUGAGGAGGAACCAAUGAAAAAUCAAAUAACAUUUCAAUUUGAUGAACAAAAUCUUCAAGAGAAUGAACAUAUCAAGAAAUUAAUUAAAGAAAAUUGUCAAACAAUUAAUGAAGCAAAAACACCAUAUAGAUAUAAUUUUGAUUCCGAUUCGGAAGGAGAAAGUGAUCCUAACAUUCCUAGGAGAAUGACUCCUGUUGAACAUAUGGAUAGAAUUAGUAGUGCUUUGGAACGAAAAUUAGAAAAUCUAAAAUGUGGAAGUGAUGAAGAAAGUAAUGAUCAUACUAUGAAUACAACAGAUGAUCAUCAUGUAACACCAACAAAAUCAAUUCCGAUCAAUAGACAGAUUAUUGAAGAUAACGAAUACGGAAGUUAUUCACCAAAAUUUGGAGAAUUAAUAAUACCUAAUGAUCUUAAUGGACAUUCACCAAACAAACAUAUUGGAUUUUCAAUGGAAAACCCUUCACCAUCAUCAUCUAUGGAAACUAAACCUGAAGGGGAUCAUGAGCAUGAAACCCCUGAAUUCAAGCAAAAGAGAAAAGAACAUUACAAUGAAUAUUUAGUAAUGAAGAGAGCAAGAGAAAGAAAUCAACAAUUUUUCAAAAAUGGUGAAGUAAGCGAGGAUGAAAGUGAUAGCAGUGAUGACGAAUAA